CCUCCCUCCUCUCCACCACACCACCACCACCACCACGCCGCCGCCGCAGCGAGGAGCUCGAGGAGAGAAGCGGCGGGAGUGGUUGUCGCGGGGAUCACCCGAGCCGCCCUAUCGAGCCGAGGCAGGGGAGGAGGUGGGGGGAGGAGGAGCGGCUGGUUGAUUUGAUUUGCUUCGAUGGUGCGGGAGACGGGGUACUACGACGUGCUGGGAGUGAGCCCGACGGCCACCGAGGCGGAGAUCAAGAGGGCGUACUACAUGAAGGCGAAGCAGGUACAUCCGGACAAGAACCAAAAUGAUCCGCUCGCGGCAGCGAAUUUCCAGGAACUGGGAGAGGCAUACCAAGUACUCAGUGAUCCAACACAGCGUCAAGCAUAUGACUCAUAUGGGAAAUCUGGUAUUUCAGCGGAAGCAAUAAUUGAUCCAGCAGCAAUUUUUGCAAUGCUGUUUGGUAGUGAGCUUUUUGAGGAUUACAUUGGUCAAUUGGCAAUAGCAUCCAUGGCUUCACUUGAUGUAUUAGAUGUGGAACAUAUUGAUGAAAGGAGGUUGCAAGAGCACAUGCAAGUUGUACAAAAGGAAAGGGAGGAGAAACUUGCAGAGAUGCUGAAAAAUAGAUUGCACAUUUAUGUUCAAGGAAACAAAGAGGAAUUUGUGCAACGUGCAGAAGCUGAGGUGUCCAGACUUUCUAAUGCAGCAUACGGGGUUGAUAUGCUGAGUACUAUCGGUUAUGUAUAUUCAAGGCAAGCUGCUAAGGAGCUUGGAAAGAAAGCUAUAUAUUUGGGGGUUCCAUUUAUAGCUGAAUGGUUCAGAAACAAAGGACAUUUUAUUAUAUCCCAAGUAACAGCUGCAACAGGUGCAAUAGCUCUUAUGCAGCUACAGGAAGACUUAAAGAAGCAUCUUAGCGCUGAGUGCAAGUACACCGAAGAGGAACUUGAAGCUUACAUGGAGACCCACAAAAGUGUUAUGGUUGAUUCGUUAUGGAAGCUUAAUGUCGCUGAUAUAGAAGCAACCCUAUCUCAUGUCUGCCAGAUGGUGCUUCAAGAUAGCACUGUGAGAAGAGAGGAACUGCGAGUUCGAGCUAAAGGAUUGAAAACUUUAGGGAAAAUAUUCGAGCGUGUUAAGCUCAGCUCUAGUGAGGGGGGAGUCACAGCAAUGAAUAACACAAUAAACAAUUCUGAUGACAAUGAUGGUAGUUCUCCUGACUCAUCACCAAAAUCUCCAAGAGAACAUCCAUAUGAUCCAAAUCCACCGUAUUACCAGAGCCCAUAUGUGGAGGCCCCUCAGUUUGGAGAAGGCUACUAUUCGUUCAACUUUCCAAUGCCUACGGCUCCCCCCGGUGCACAGAGGGAUCCAAUCCCAUGAUCUACGGGAUGCAGUGGACAUGUCAUCAUUUUGUACAAUAUUUUCCUCCUGGUAGAUGGUUGAUCGCAUGGUCUUGAUUUGUACCAGUCAUAGUAGAGUGCUGGUUUGUCCCCUCCUCUGCAUGCUUUCUUCUCCUCCUCCUCCUCCUCUAGUUGUGUAAUCAGUCAAUCAUAAUUCAUACACCAGCAAACGGCAGCAGCCUUUGUGGCGUGUACAGGCGAGUGUUGUGCAAAUUGCGCUGCUGUGAUGCUGCUGUUGAGACUUGAGACGGCAACAGAUCGGCAUUUGUUGUACAUGAACCAUCAGGAUCCAGGUAGUGCAUAGCCUCCAUCUAUCUGUCUAUGGGUGCAUAAUUGUUUUUGCCUAUGGCCCAUAUUUCUGCAUAUUUUCAUCUCUGAUGAAUCAUCUGUCUCAUGUAUUCUGGGGGUUGAAACCUGGAACAUUUCACAUUUAAUUGCAGUGUCAAAUUACUACUA